AACUUGAGUUAGGGACUUAAUGAUGAAGAAACAUUAUUAAUGGACCUAACUGUCAAUUUUUCAAACUUAAAGGGGUUAAGACUUAUUGGAUAAGGCCGGCUGACUCACUUCUUUUUUUCUUUUUCUUCUUUCUUUCUUUCCUCCCCCAGCCAUUUCGCGUGUCUGCUCUGUUUUUCUUCUCCUCCGCAGCCGGUCAUCACCAGCCAUAACCGAAGCCCCCAUCUGCAAAUUUGAAAAGCCGCCGGAUCUGCUCUGUUCCUUCCCCCUCUGCCGCCGGCUGUUGCUGGUUUUCCUGUGGUCCCGUGGAAGCCCCCUGCAAUUUUCCCGCCGACUCUUCCCUCAUCCCGCCAGCUCCAGCUUGCUUGUUGAGCAUUUUUGGUAAGUUGGCUUCUCUAAUCCUUGAAAAUUGGUGGAUUAAUUGUUGCUUGUGAGCUUUAAUUAGUUGUGUGGGUGUAUGGGUUGUCAAGGACCAAGAUGCCGAAGGUGGGGGAUGAGUUUUGGGGAAUUUGAAAAGGAGUUUUGGUUGAUGAUUUGUGUAGGAAAUUAGUGGGUUUGGUUGUUGUAUGUGUGUCCAAGAAAGAAAGAAGAAAUUCCCGAGACUUGCCCAUUUUUCUGUCAAGGCCGGUUCUCCCAAAUUCUUGUCCAUGAGUUUGAAAAUUGUAUAUGUGAAAUCUUACCCGACGCGUGGGAAGCCCGGGAGAGUGACGAGCUAGACGGCUAGGCACUUUUGGACUUAGGUUUUUGUAGCUAAGCCGUUAGUCACCCAUGCUUGACAUAGAAAAUUUUGUGUACAGGAUUUAGUGUUAGUUAUGAUUGUAUAUAUAAAGUGAUAAUUUUGUACAUUCACUGGUAACUAUUUGGUAAAGUAAAAAGGCUUAGAUUUGAAUUACCUGAAUUGCUAAGUAAGAACUCAAUAGGUCUCGAGCCUUGUGCAUUUGUGGGCCCCGCUCACGAGUGCACGGCGUCUGUUUCGCCCUCGGUUUGGGGCGUGACACUCUCUCUCUCUCUCAAUUUUCUGAAAUUUUCUAAGAGGUUAUCAUGUCUUGUUCAAUAAUCCUCCAAAGUUCAAACUUGAACCCUAGAUUUGCUAGGAUUCCAAAUAUUUUGCCAAGGGAAUCGAAGUUGCGAUUGUUGGAAAGUCACUCGAAAGCAAGACUGAUGGACCCCAAUGUCCUUGAAAUUGUUGAUGUCGACUUGGAACCAAGCAAAGAGAUUUUAGAUGAUGAGGUUGAACUGUUUGACCUUUAUACUAAGAUUGGUAUUGUUGGAUAUGACGUUGAUAUGGUCAACCAUAUAUGGUAUUUAGAACCAAGAAAAACACUUACAGAUGGUUUGAAACCUAUUAGGAAUGAUGAUGACAUUAGGGAUGUUUUGCGGGUGUUGAAGGUGGAGAAAAAGGUAUAUAUUUAUGUGUCUCAUAUCCCAGAUUUCAUUGAAAUUGAAAUUAUACCUAUCUUACUAUUACCAGCCCUUAGUGAUAAGGUUAUGGUUGACAACAAUCUUGUUGAGGUUGAGGGCAUAGUAGAAAAUGACCUUGUUAAGGUGGAAAGUAGAGCUGAGAAUGUUGGUCAUGAGGUUGAGGUUGAAUGUAAAGUUGAGGAUAAUAAUGAAGCUGUUGAAGAGGAUAAUAUUGAUCUGGGAAAUGAUGGUAAUGAAGACAAUGAAUAUUCUAAGGAUGAAGAUGAUUUUUUUCCAUAUAUAUCAAAAUUGAGUGAUAAUGAAGAUAAGAAAAUUGUCGAGACAAGAAAGAAAAUGAAGUCUUUGCAUGAGGCAACUUGCAGAUCAAAAAAUGCUAAGAAUAGUGUUAAUUAUGGUCGCAGUCAACCAUUAGCUCAGAUUAUGAUAUCAACUACAUUUGAACAAGUGAAGAGGAAGGAAGUGAAGCUGAACAUGCUAGGAGAAGGAAGGUGUAGGAUUAUUAAAAAGAAGCUAAGAAAAACUUUUGAAGGGGAUUAUGUCUUGGAAUGCAGCAAGUUUUUUGACUAUGCUGUAGAACUGAGAAAAAGAGAUCCAAGAGCCACUGUUUCAGUUAAUGCGCUGAGGCCACUGCUUGAACUCGACCUUAUUUUCUUGAGGAUGUAUGUGUGUUUUAGUGCAAUGAAAAAGGAAUUUAUUAUUGGAUGUAGGAAAGCCAUUGGUUUAGAUGGAGCUUUUCUCAAAAGACCACACGAAGGGGAAUUACUCACUGUUCUCCCAAAAACCCCUUCCAAGCCGCCGGCACCAGCCUUGAGGAAACUGAUCUGCCCUGCUCUGCUUGGCUCUGUCCACCGGCUACUCUUGUUGUGGGGGCGAAAUUCUUCAAAUUCCGUUCCUGUGAGUCCCCUGCAUUGUCGCCGACUUCCCCCAACUGCAGUCCGGUUUUUGGCUGCUAAAUUUUGGAAGCGAAACCAAGGAUGGGGAAACCACGGGAAGUGAUGAGUUAGAAGGCUAGCCAUUUCGAGAUUGACAUAGAUUUUAGAAAUAAAUCCUGAUCUUGUAA